CCGGUACUGGGACCGGUAAUUCCGAGCUCUUUUGUAGUCUCCACACAAGGUGGAUAUAUCUCAGUUGCACAUUUCUAUUAUGUCAACACAGUCCCAAUCAGCGAAGCAGGCGCAGCAACUAACGCCUUUUGCAUCUGCGUUGGCUGGUGCCCUUGGAGCUUGCUUCAGUAAUGCUGUGGUGUAUCCUCUUGAUGUUGCUAAGACCAGGAUACAGGUAACCUCAUCGGCUGCACGAGGAAAACGCAAGGACGACCUAAGCAUGCUAUCGUUGCUGCUCGAAAUAUUCAAACAAGAGGGAAUUAAUGGGUGGUACAGAGGCUUUGCUGCAACGAUGCUCAACACUUUCUCGAUGCAAUAUGCCUACUUUUUCUUCUACUCAUUCAUACGCUCAUCAUACAUCAAGCGCAUGAGUUUGAAGCUGCCUCCUGGUUCAAAAACUCCUGCACUAUCCACAGCUGCUGAACUCUCCCUCGGUGCAGCUGCAGGCGCGCUAUCCCAGAUUUUCACGAUUCCCGUAUCGGUUAUCGCAACCAGACAACAAGUCGGGCGCUCCGUCCGAGCGUCCUCACAGUCUUCCAAAGAUGAGAGACCAACGGAUGAGUCUUUAUUAGCUGUCGCUCGUGAGAUUAUUCGCGAGGAUGGCAUCACAGGGCUGUGGCUAGGCAUUAAGCCCGGCAUGGUCCUGACUGUGAACCCUGCCAUCACGUACGGCGUUUACGAGCGUCUCAAGAGCUUGUUGUUGCUCGCAAGUUCUGCAAAUGGUAAAUUGACUCCAGGAACGUCGUUUUUGCUCGGGGCGUUUAGCAAGACGCUCGCUACUAUUGUAACAUAUCCUUAUAUUAUGGCCAAGGUUAGAAUUCAGGCCCGUUCUACUGAUAAGGAUGCGUCAGAGAGUGAGGGUCUGCCUGGUGGUCAAAUUGGAAAUACAAAACCCAAAGCAAAGCAAGCCGGUGCCGUCAGCCUCCUCCUCAGAGUCCUGAGGAAAGAAGGAUUUGUCGGGUGGUAUCAGGGGAUGUCCGCGCAGAUAAUCAAAGCCGUACUUUCUCAGGCGUUGUUGUUUGUAUCCAAGGAACAGUUCGAGCAUUGGGCCCUGGCUAUCAUGGUCUUAUUUGCAAAGUUCAGUUCGCGGUCAUGACGACGCACGUUUGUUCUUGGAGAGUCAGGAUCAGUUAGUCGUUUGCCUUCUGGGAGGUGUAUACCCUUUGUAUUGUGUAUCAUCCAGGAACCUUGACGAAUAGACGGAUCAUGUACCCAUCCAGAUGAGGCGUGUCUGGCCCCAGCUUAUUUACUUUUUAUGUAGUUGUCAGGUAUCGAGGUAACGAGUCAUGGUGAUGUAUGAUCGAGUCAAAACAUGUCGGAUCGCGAUCGUGGAACGGGUAACACAGCCCAAAAAAUGAUAUCUCUGUUUCUGGAAACGAAAAUUCGUGCUAAGGAGUGUGUAUGAUCAUGAGAAGUAAAUAAUGGAUGAGUGAUGGAAUAC